UGCAUUCCGUGUAUCCUUCAAUGCUUUGCCCAAAGACACAAUCCUCGACCCUGUGCCAAAGAGUCUCUGAAUCUUCGCCUCCGUCUGUCGCGAGCUUGCGUAUAUCUGCUUGGACUUCAAGCAGUACACGACCGAUGCUUAAGUCUCUCCACCUUGUGCCGGUGGCCUCACUGGAAUGCAGAACAAGGCCAAUCCCCUGCACGGCCUUGCCGUCUGCCGUGUCCUGCAGAAUGGCCAGGUGUUCGCGCUUUGUAACAAGUACAGUCUCCCGGCCGAGUCAUCCCGCCGAGGCGGCCGACGAUGUCAUCUGGCCGUAUGCUUUGCAGGGUCAUUGCACACUCCUCUGGCUUUCGGCACCAGUGUUCCUUUGGGCGCAUGGACAGAAGUACAGGGUGCCGGCGGCGAUCGUCGUUUGGCAGUUUCGCAGAGUUCGACGAAAGUCAAGGAGUGACCACAUUUCUCCCAUCGGACGUUGUGCGAAUAGCACAUCUUGAGUCCGCUUCUGUGAGGAGUUGUCGAUAGGUCCGAUGGCUCGCGAGGUCGUUGGAUGUACGAUUUCGACACCGCGAGAGACGUUGGGUAGAA